AUGGUUGAACGGCGUGUCAGUCAGCUUCUGCAUUUGUCUUGUCUGCGGACUGCGGAUGAUGUGACUCUUCUCCUUCAGGUUCUUGUGCAAGAAUGCCUGACUCGGUUUACUAGACUCUCUCUGUUAAACUUGCUGGCUGCUUCACGGGGAGCGGAGGCCCAACUUAAGCUGUUUCGCCAAUAUAAUGGCCUUGAGCUUCUAGCAUCUUACAUGACGGACGCUGAACCGAGGGAUUGGGAGUUAAAAAAGCAGGUAGGGCUUGGCUUUAUGGAAUAA